ACAUUCCUUCUCUCAUUCCUUGAGAUGAUUAUCUUUUUGGACAAAUUUUUCUGGUGUUAUUGGAAUGAGUAAAAUUAUCGACCGUAAAUGUUAGUCUGCUUCCCGAUAUUUCUGAAAGUCAGUUUUGGACCGUAUGUCUUUUAGGAGUGUGCGAAACGUAUGCGCAUACUGACACAUGUUAUUCUCCGGGAAUAAGUUUAGGGCAAUUUGUUUUGCUGGGUUAUCGAGAGGAAAUUUCAGGGCGAACCUAUGGGUUUUGGGAAAUUCAGUAGGGCUUUUUAUGGAAAUCUGGAGGUAAUUCAAGAGAAGCCUACUUUUGGGGGAGAGUGGAAGUGCUUCACUUCCUCUUAAUUUCUUCAUUAAUUUGCCAUAAUAUUUCCCAAAACUGCCUCCAAUUUUUUUAUUCCAGUUUAUCCUUUUUCACUUGGCGACUCUGAUAAUACCGGUUACAUAUUCUGGAUUUAUGGGAUUAACUUUUCACAACAGCUUUUUUUGAAUGAUCGUGGAAUAUAUAUAAUUAACAAUGUGCUUACAAAAGACCCUGUGAUAACAGUGAGGGAAUUAGCUUUAGUACUGUUCUGUGUACGGUCUAGCGUCUGUUCACUCCACAUUAGAUAAGUUUAUUUGAUAUAACAGCGACAUGGUAUUAAAAACUAAAUAACGUUUCAAGCCUAAUUUUCGCUCAUAAUCUCACCAGUAUAUUCACAUGACUUGUUUUUUAUGGCCUUACUUCUUGUUUUUAUUGCAAUUUUCCGUAUAUCCAGAGUUGUGUUAUUUCAGUUGCACUUGUUUGGAGUUUAUUUGGUGGUUAACCGCUUCACUUAACUACAUUGCUUUUUAAUACACUUACUGCAUCUCACGCUAUUGCGAUUACAUGCAUCUGAAUGCAUUGCAAUGGCCAGACUUUUUACUUUAGUUUCUUAACUUAGUGGGGUCAGUCAUUCUGGAUAUCUAGCUACUUCCGUAUCUUUCAGUUAUCUAACUGACUCCGAUCUACUAGUUUGUUUAUGUAAUUGACCUCACAGUGACCACUCAAUAUUUGGUAAGUUAUGUGAAUUUGCCGGAUUGGGUUUACUGGAUUUUUAAGAUUAAACAGCAGAUAUUGCAACCCUAAUUUUAACCUUAUUAAAAAUACUGUUUAGGCAAUCUGAUUCUCCUUCUUUAUGUAUUAGUACUAUCGGUGCUUUCGGUUCCUUUUUAAUAUUUUUUUUUUAACCAUUUAUAUUACCACUACUGUCUUAUGGGUCUUAAUACUUUUCUAAAUAAAAUCUGGUAGAUAUUCAUUGGUAAUGUCUUCCUUAUUUGUUUGACUUGAUUAUUUAAAUCUUGAUUUACUAGUCAGGCUGUUGUCUCGAUUACAUUAAAAUCUGAUAAAACACCCCAGUCAAUUUUAGGUUCCAGUAUGGCUAACUCAAACAUGAUCGGAAUACAUUUCUUAAAGCUGUGAAAAGUUUGUUAUCAGUUCUAUCCCUAUCCCUUGAAUAACUUUUACAACAUAUCAAUUCUCUAUGUAUAUGUGCAAGCAUUUAUUAAACUGACUAUCAAUUCAAAUGGCUUCUUUUCAAAAGUCGCUUGAAAAUCUCAAUGAAGGUACUGCGUGCAUUUGUGUCUGUGUCAGCCUUUGGUUGCUGUUGAUCGCUGCUAGAAUGGACAAUAUCUUAAUGAUCCCUUAUUGGGCAAUAUUUCUACCACUUUGGUUAUGGAAAACUAUUGUUUUUGUUGGUUGGUUAGUUGGUUUAAUAGUUUGGUGUAAGCAUUGGAGAAUUCAUGUCGAAGAUUUAGACCGUAGUUCUUUUGUUGUUAAUGAAGAUCCUGCUUUACCUUAUAUUCAGGCAAUGUCUGUAUCAGCAUUUUUCCAUUUUCUUAUAAUGUGUUCUGAAGUGUUGUUAUGUAUUCAUCUCUCAGUUGCAUCAUCUAAUCUCACCUACUUAACUAUUUUGUCACCAUUGCUAGUUGUAGGCACUUUGGGAGUGUUUGGAUUUCUUUUUGUUAUGAUCGACUCAAGAGCGACGUUCUCAGCAAACUCACGACGUCGAAGACAACAUCAAACAAGGUCUUUAACCAAUAACAAUAACAGCAAUAGUCCAGAUCCUUUCGUUGUUAUGCCACGUUCACGUCAUGUAUGCUCUUUUACAUUGGAAUUGUGCAUUGCUGCUAAUCUGUUACAACUUCUAUUCUUGAUUGCUCGACUUGACAGUUGGAUUCGUUCUAACUGGAUUGUUACUUUUAUUCCCUCGUUCAUCUUGUUAGCGAUGGGGUUUUUAUUCUGUUUAGCAGGACUAACGGUUGCACUGAUUACAUAUUUUACAGCUUUUUUUAUUCCUGUAGCCCAACGCAGAUUAUCUGUAUGUUAUUAUGCUUCACAUUUGUUAGUAGUUAUUUUCCUGUGUACUUCACUGAUACUGUUAGGCUUAAGACUUGAUGGCUAUCUUUCUGCUUCAAAAGGUAGUGCGUUAUUAAUAUGUAUUCCUGUAUUAGUCAGUAUGUUCUUGUAUGCUUCAUUAUCAUCUGGUCCUGGGAAUCCCUGGUGGUUUGGAUUAAAUCGUAAUGUACUCCUUGCAAUAUUUGAGUCUUGUCCAACCUUACAACUUUGUGCCAAUAAUCGUAUUAGUAAAACUGGUUUGUGGAGAAUAUCUCGAUAUCAUGGGGAUAAUGGUGAUGUGAAUAAUACAACAACAACAACGACAACAGUGAAUUCAUAUCACUCGAAUGCACCAGAAGUUCAGUUCGUUACUCCUCCACCGCCCAUUAUUCCUAAUUCAUCUAAUAUUUCCGAGGUUUCCAAUCCGCACAAUAUAAAAACUUGUCCAAAUUGUACAAUUGGUUGUUGUAGUUGGUGUUCAACAAAUAACCCGAAAAAUAUCAACUGGCCAAAUACUAGCCUUACAACAGAUGCUUCUCAUUUUCACAAUUCCUAUUAUUAUUCAGAGCGUCUACUUCAUCCUGAUUAGUUGUUAUUAAGUGAUGUCGUCGCAUACUUGCGAAAUAUUAUCCCACUUUCAUUUUGUUGUUGGUGUUAUUGUUGUUGUUAGCCGUUAGUUUAGUCUAUCUAUCUAUAACUUGUAUUCAUAUAUCCAUACAUACACACAUACAUCCAUACGUGUAUAUUAACGAAGCAUUUCACCGUGUCACUUGUUUUUGUAUAUUCCUGUUUAUCUGCGUAAUUUAUUCUUUCAUCUUACUGUGUAUACUGUAUGUAGUGACUUGUGUAGGAGGCUGAUUAGUCUCCUGUUGGUUUCAUUUAUUUAUUUAUUUAAAUAUUCUUAUUUAUUUUUAGCUCAUAUUAUUUUUAUUAUUUCAUUAGUGAAAGAUUUAAACUAAAUUGUAAAGUAGUUUAUUUGGCGCCAUAUUCAAAUAUUUCUGUCCCUCUUCUUCUUUUCUGAAUUGAUCCAUGUUUGCUUAAACGUAUAUUCAAGAUAUGUACAUGUAAGACAGUUCAUAUUUCAUUGUACACUUAAGGUUUGUUGUCACAUUAAUCUAUGCAGCAUAUAGUGUGUGUGUGCGUUGUAUUUAGUUAGUCAUAUUUAUUUAUUUGAUGUAUUUAUUUUGUGAUACUACUUCAUUCAUGCAACCAAUACUAAUUUCAACAAUUAUAAUAAUUAUUUGUAUAAAUUACUUUCUUUCUAUCUAUCUAUCUAUCUUAAUUUAUUUAAAUUGGUAUUCCAUCAGUUUUUAAUUGACUUUAUUGACUUAUUUUAUUUUUAGUAAAAGAGGAUAAGAAAUCUAACGGUAUUGAACAUUGAACACUUUAUCAUUUGUUUAAAUACCAACUUUACAUGUUUUUUGUUGUUAUUAUUUGUGAUAGCGGCAAUUUUAAAAGUAGUAUAUUAUAUCUAUGUUGUAUUAUAAAUGUAGAGUGUUUAGUCUUAGUCUCAUAAUUAUUUGUUGUAAACUUGUUAAUUUACUUUUUAUUUCCUUCUUCUGUGUAUGUAUGAAGUGCACAGAAGAAAGUAAAGAAAACCAGCAUACAUAAGAUGAAACUAGUAAUAAUAAAUAAAUGUGAUAAAUC